AUGAGAGAUAUGGGAAACACAAUGAUGUCCAAGUUCUUGAAAUAUUGGAAAGACUACAACUUAGUGCUUGCUUUUUGUAUCAUUUUGGAUCCUCGUUACAAGCUUGCAUUUGUCAAAUUUUGCUAUGAAAAGUUGGGGGAAGAGUACACUUCAAAGCCGAAGGCUAUUAUGGAUGAUUUGGAGCUGCUCUUUAAGGAGUACAAAACUCAAAGUCAAAGUGUGGUGCAUAUGGCUUCUCUUAGCAUUCCUUUGGAUAACCACACUGCUGGUUUCUAUGCUUCCAUUAUCAAUCAGAACACAUCAACUAGAUCCGAGUUGGAAUUAUAUUUGGCGGAUCCUUUAAAUCCUGCUUAUGCAGACAUUGUUGCUUCAGAGUCGUCUUUUAGUUUGGGAGGUAGAAUAUUAUCCACAUGGAGGACUUCCAUUUCGUCUGAUACUCUUGAAGCUGUUGUGACAACUCGUAAUUGGAUGCAUGGAUAUAAAAUGGAUGCAGAAUAUGAUGGAGAAGAAGUGAAGCUUGUUGCUUGA